AUGAAAAAAAAAAAAAGAAACAAUGAAGCUGACGAUGAUGAUGAUGAUGAUGAUGAUGAUGAUGAUGAUGUUGGUGCUAAUGAUGAUGAUUUCUCUUUUUUUUUCACUCUUUAUUUCCUUUUCCCCUUGAACCUGGGUAUCUUGAGUAAAUCUGUACACACUUUAUUCUUCUUCUGUGAUUUCUUCUUCUUCUUCUUCUUCUUCUUCUUCUUCUUCUUCAAUUUUGCCUUCUACAUCGUUUUUCUUCCUCCAUUUUUUACCUUUUCCAAAAAAAUAAUUGCCAUUCUUUCUUUCUUUUAUGUUUUUUAUCUCAUAUAUAAUUGUUCUUCAUUGGGUCAGUUUUUUUUCUUUUUUUAUAAUUCUUUGUCCUUCGUUGACAGAUUUUUUUUCUUUUAUUCUCUUGUUUGUUAUUUUCUUCCAUUCUUUAUUUUCUUUCUUUUUACUUCACCAAACUGUACUGAUGCCAAAUCAUCCAAAAGCCAAAAAUGA